UGGAACAUCACAUCUGUGCCUAGUAGUGUUGCAUCAGAGAAGAGGAUGGACAAGCACACGAUCCGGAUCGCUGCGCUGGCUCUGCUAUCUGUACACCUCCUGUGCUCCGCCACCACAGCACAAUGCCGAACCAUCGCGAACGGCAUGGACAACGACAAUAUCAAUAAUGUGAACUUGAAUUGCCAGCGAAGGUGCUCCAGCAGAUGUUGCACCUGUUGUAAUUAUACUGAUUGGUGCUACCAAGAUUUCGAUACGUGCGACAAAAGCUGCCCGAUGCUAGCCGCGGGGACGGCGUCCCCUGAAACUGUGCUGACCAAGUCUGCAGUACGCACGGACGACUUGAUGAGGCACGCCGUCCCUAAUGCAUUCAGCAAUUGUCAUGUGUGAUGACCUCUGCUCCUUUACCCGCCUAGUCGGAUUUAUUUAUUUAUUUGUCCCUUAAGGCAUAUGUAAUGCGUGAUGUGUGGAGAAAUAAGUUUGCAAUACCCUAGAAAGUUGUUGCAGUUUUAUCUGUCAUAUUUUGUUUCAACAUUUUUUAUUUUCAACUAUUGUUCAUGCCUAAAA